CUCAGCCAGUUCUAGGGACUGGAGGAGGGAAGGAAGACCAGGCUUCCUGAUUUGUCUCAGAGCUUAGCCACAAGAGAAAACUAUAGAGAAUCAGACUCAAAGCUGUCGGGAGGACGUCUUUGAGGACAUUUCUCAGAGUCCACAGGCAGAGCCACUACACCAGCCUGGCAGUCUUUUUGAGGACAUUUCUGGAAGGACACAGGGUUCCCCCAGACUUGUGAACACCAAGCCUCUUCACAUGGAUGGAGUGACAGGGCAUAGAAGGAAGCUCCCCCACACUACACUGCAGCGGUUUCUGAGCUGGGGGCUACCUCGCCCUGCCUAUUGGUUCCUGGAACGCCAGCCUGGGGAAUUCCCCAUCACUGCCGUUUUGCUGGGGGCCAGCACCGGGGGCCUGCUGGCCAUUGGUCUCUUUCAGCUCCUGGUGAAUCCCAUGAAUCUCUAUGAAGAGCAGAAGAUGGUUGUUCUGUACAGCGUGGCUGGCCUGGGGGCUGUGGGCUGGGGAACCUCACCCCACAUCCGCUGUGCCAGUCUGCUCCUGGUGCCCAAGAUGCUAGGCAAAGAGGGCAGGCUCUUUGUGAUGGGAUAUGCCCUGGCUGCUAUCUAUGAUGGGCCGGUGAGCAACCUUCGGCACAACCUCCACGAGGUGAUUGCAUCUGUGGGCUGCACUGUGGAGCUGCAGAUCAACAACACGCGGGCCGCCUGGCGCACCUCCACUGCCCCCCUGCGUGCUGUGUUCAAGGACCUGCUGCUCAGCAAAGAGUCCCUGAAAGUGGAGACAAAGAACAUCUCUGACUCAUUUGAGGAGCUGGAUGCCCAGGUGAACAGCAAGGAGGGCUACGCGCCCCAAGAUGUGGUGGCAGGAGGUUCCAAGGAGGAGGAGAAAGAGGAAAAGGAGAAGAAGGUACCAGUCUCAGAGGCCCUGCGAGCCCACCUCUCCACACAGAAGAUGUAUGAGCUCCGGACCAAGCUGCGCUGUUCCUAUGUGGUAAGCCAGGCUGUGCUCAGCUGCCGUCGCUGGUUCAACAAAAAACACACACAAUGCAUGCAGCGAAUCUGGGUGCCACUGCUCAGCCACCUGCUCUGCGUGCCCAUGAAGUUCAAGUUCUUCUGCAGCAUCGCCAAGGUGAUGGAGGUCUGGUGCCGCAGCCGCAUCCCAGUGGAAGGAAACUUUGGGCAGACGUAUGACUCCCUCAACCAGUCCCUCCACGGCCUGGAUGCUGAGUUCUCGGCCACCAUUCACCUGGAGGAGCAGAAGCGAGUGGCCGUGCUGGGUCUCAACAGAAGCUGGGAGCGCAUGAGCUCCGAGGUGCAGGACUACGUGCGGAGCCAGGAGGCCCGGCUGGAGUGGGGCCUGGGGCUGCUGCACCUGCUGCUGUCCUGCACCUUCCUGAUCGUCCUCCAGGCCCUGGCUUUAGGCAGUCACAAACUGGAGGUGAAGGUUGGGGGGCACUCCAUGCUUGCCCGGCUACUCCGGAAGACCAUCGGUGCCCUGAACACCUCCUCAGAGACAGUGGUGGAGUCCCACAACAUGCCUUGCCUGCCCCUGCCUGUGCAUCUGGGCACCACAGCCUACCUGCGGGCAGUGCUCCCCGUCGGCCUGCUGCUGGGCCUCUGCCUGCUCCAGGCCUUUGCUUACCGGCUCCGCAGGGCCAUCGCGGCCUUCUAUUUCCCCAAGCGGGAGAAGAAGCGCAUCCUGUUCCUCUACAAUGAGCUGCUGAGGAAGCGGGCAGCCUUCACACGGCUGCGGAGGGCAGAUAUUGUCCAGCGGGCGAGGCUGCAGCAGGUGCGGCGCCCCCAAUUGGCGGACCUGCUGCAGCGCCGCUGCCCGCUCCUGCGCCACUGGCUGCGCCGGCGCUGCGUGGUGUGCCAGGCCCCCGAGACGCCCGAGUCCUACGUUUGCCAGACGGCGGCAUGCGGGGCCGUGUACUGCAAUUCGUGCUGGGUGGACAUGAAGCAGCAGUGCCCAGCCUGCACACCCCCAGAGGAGCUGUCCUCCUCUGCCUACAACGACAGUGACGACGAUGCCACCUAUGCAGAGUGACUGGCAUUUUCACCCUCGCAUCCCCCCUUCCCCGCCCCUUCCCGGUG